GUAGAACACUUUAGAAUGGACUACACUGGGGUGCUAAAGGGAGUUCAUGGUUAUGGGAAGAAGCCUGAGAGAAACUGCUCCUCAGCCACAAAGGCCUCCUCUCCUCCUCCCGGAUGGCUUUAAUUGCUGCCCUAGGCAGUCUGAAUUACCCGCCAGGAGAGGAUUUCCCCUUCAAAAAACACAGCCUCCCUAAAACUGCUUCUGAUUUGUAAUAGAAACUACUUAGUAGCUAGGACAGAGGCUGGUAACUCCUAUUCCCAGAACUCAUUAAAACAAGGAAUUUUAAUAAGUAUUUUUGCCCUUUGCAGCCCAGGUUUUUGGAAGUCCAGGCAGCUGUUCUCCAGAUUUCACUGUCAAGCCGCAAUGCAUGCAAUGCUUCAGCUUCUUUCCCUUGGCUCAAAACAGGGCACUAUAUUUGUAUGUGUCUUGUAGAACCCACGCUUGGAAAUGCUGACAGCAGGCUUCAGGACAGCUGAGCCCCACUAAACACCAAGAAAACCCAUGGCUCUGGCUGCAUCUUUCAACAUGACCAAUCCACAGCCUGCCAUAGAAGGAGGAAUUUCCGAAGUUGAGAUCAUCUCCCAACAAGUAGACGAAGAAACCAAGAGCAUUGCUCCUGUGCAGCUGGUGAACUUUGCCUAUCGGGACUUGCCCCUGGCUGCUGUUGAUCUCUCCACGGCGGGCUCGCAGCUCCUGUCAAAUCUGGACGAAGAUUACCAAAGAGAAGGGUCUAACUGGCUGAAGCCGUGCUGUGGGAAGAGAGCAGCCGUGUGGCAGGUAUUUUUGCUCAGUGCAAGUCUCAACAGUUUCCUGGUAGCCUGUGUAAUAUUGGUGGUGAUUCUCCUGACUCUGGAACUUCUAAUAGAUAUAAAGCUUCUCCAGUUUUCCAGCGCGUUCCAGUUUGCUGGCGUGAUUCACUGGAUCAGCCUGGUCAUUCUGUCCGUGUUCUUCUCAGAGACUGUUCUACGGAUUGUGGUGCUUGGGAUCUGGGAUUACAUCGAAAACAAAAUAGAGGUGUUUGACGGGGCUGUGAUCAUCCUAUCUUUGGCUCCGAUGGUGGCAUCCACUGUGGCCAACGGACCCAGGAGCCCCUGGGACGCCAUCAGCCUCAUCAUCAUGCUCCGGAUCUGGAGGGUGAAGAGGGUCAUUGAUGCCUACGUCCUGCCAGUGAAGCUGGAGAUGGAGAUGGUUAUCCAGCAGUACGAGAAGGCCAAGGUCAUCCAAGACGAGCAGCUGGAGAGGCUGACGCAGAUCUGUCAGGAGCAAGGGUUUGAGAUCCGGCAGCUGCGCGCGCACCUGGCGCAGCAGGACCUGGACCUGGCUGCGGAGCGUGAGGCGGCGCUCCAGGCCCCGCACGUGCUCAGCCAGCCGCGCAGCCGCUUCAAAGUGGUGGAGGCCGGCACGUGGGACGAGGAGACGGCGGCCGAGAGCGUCGUGGAGGAGCUGCAGCCCUCGCAAGAAGCCACGGUGAAGGACGACAUGAACAGCUACAUCAGUCAGUAUUACAAUGGGCCCAGCAGUGACAGUGGUGUCCCAGAGCCAGCUGUGUGUAUGGUCACCACGGCCGCAAUAGACAUCCACCAGCCCAACAUCUCCUCGGACCUCUUCUCUCUGGACAUGCCCCUCAAGCUCGGCGGUAAUGGCACCGGCACCACCUCGGAGAGUGCCUCCCGCAGCUCGGUGACCCGGGCCCAGAGUGACAACAGCCAGACGCUGGGCUCCUCCACGGACUGCAGCACUGCCCGCGAGGAGCCAUCCUCUGAGCCUGGCCCUUCUCCCCUGCCGCCCCAGCAGCAGGUGGAGGAGGCCACAGUCCAGGACCUGCUGUCCUCCCUGUCGGAGGACCCCUGCCCUUCCCAGAGGGCCUUGGACCCAGCCCCCCUCACCCGGCCCAGCCCAGCGGGCUCGGCCCAAACCAGCCCUGAGCUGGAACACAGGGUAAGUCUGUUCAACCAGAAGAACCAGGAGGGCUUCACUGUCUUUCAGAUCAGGCCUGUCAUCCACUUCCAGCCCACUGUGCCCAUGCUAGAGGACAAGUUCAGAUCUUUGGAAUCCAAAGAGCAAAAGUUGCACAGGGUCCCUGAGGCCUAGAGCCUGCCAUGGGCUGGGUGGGAGGAGGGGAGACAGCCAUCUCAAAGCUCUCCUGGGACCCUGGAGGCUGCCAAGGGCCACAUGCGGGGCCCAGGAGCCCACCUGGCCUCCCUCAGGGUGCUGCCUGCCUCCAGGGAGGCGACGCCAGGCCAGGAGGCCACAAGCUUCAGACCUCAAAGCCCAGAGCUGGCGCCUCUUCUCGCCCUGCUCAGGGGAGGGUGGUGCUCGUGGCUGGGUUUUCUUUUUAACCAUUUUUACAAAAACCAGCCUGUGGCCCAGCUUCAGCAGGGUAGAGUGCGGGGGGGCCAGCUCAGCCUCUUCCGUUGCCUUCGUUCCUGACACCCACCCCGGACUCUAGGGAACAGCACUGUGAGCAGGGGCUGUCCAGCCCCACCCCUAAGCCGUCUUUCCCAGGAAUCCUGGGUGGAGUCCAACACAAUCAUACGGAGACCACCAUCUGAGCCUAUGUCAUUUGUCCUCAUUCUCUCAUUCCAGCAUGAGCGUUUCUGAGUCUCUUCAAGACAAAUCUAGUUUUCACCUUCACAGGAUAUAAAGGGAUCAAUCUAGAGGUGGGUGGGAGGGUCCUGGGGGCAGAGGGACAACCAUUUUCCAACCUUGGCUUUAAUAAUAAAAACCAGCUGCACUGAGACUCCCA